GUCGGAAGUGACGUUGGGCGCGGGCGCCCUCGGUGUGACGGUCACCGUUUGGCGGUUGUUGGUGGUGAGCGGGAGAGGGCCAACGGUUAUGGAUGAAUAUUGCUCUGACUCGGAUGAUGUUAAACAGAUCGCCUAUCGAUACAACUUUAUGAGUAAGAAAAUAUCUGAAAGACAUAGUUGGGAAAUGAAGCCAAAAAAUAAUAUGGAAACAGCUGAGAUCUGGUGUACUGACAUUCAGACAACUCGUGUAGAUCGUUACCGGUGUUGGCGUACGAUAAAGUUGCACAUCUUAUGGCCCUAUUUAUUUGUUCAGAAGAAAAAACAUGAUCGCUAUCUACAGUGGGCUAUUGCAGCCAAAUUCAUAGAUCCAGAGAAUUAUGAUGUUUUUGAAUUGAAUUUGAUAAAGCUACAAGAUAUUGAAAUCUUAGAAGAAGUGCUCCAUGCACUAAGGAAACAGAUUCUCUCUAUAACAUUUCUGACAUGUUUAUUGGAUUUGUGGGAUAAAGUAGAUGAGAAUGAUAGUGACCUGGAUGAUGCUAUUGCUAUGAUAGAAAAGACAGAAGAACUUACCAACUUGCAAGUGGAGGUGAAUUCUGGAACAAAAUAUUCAAGAAUGGCAGCUAUUGCAAUUGGGUGUUUUCAAUAUGCAUAUUUUAUUAAGCUGUUUAAGUGCCCUGAAAAUACUCCUAAUUUAGUGCCAAACAGAGAUGGCAUGUCAUUUCAGGAAAGCGAAUCCUGUAGAGAAAAAGGCAACAAGGAAUUUAAAAAGGAAAACUACGAAGCUGCCGUGAAAUGGUACUCUAGGGCAAUUGAUUUAUGUCCUGUCAAUGAAAUUCUGUAUGGAAACAGAGCUCUCUGCUUUUUCCGUAUUGAAAAAUACAAAAAAGCACUUGGUGAUGGAAAAAGAGCCAUAAUCUUAAAACCUGAUUGGACCAAGGGUCAUUAUCGCUUUUGUGAUGCCUUGUUUUCAAUGGGAGAACACAAACAUGCUAUUGAAGCUAAUAACAAGGCUCAAGAAUUAUGCAAGAGUGAUUCAGAUGGAAUUCGAGAUUUAAUUCAGCAGAAAUCAAAAUUCCUUAAAAGGCUGCAGGAUGAAAAUCUUGAAAAAACAAAGACUGAUGCAUUAAAAGAAGAAUUAAGCACCAAAAAAGAGCAACCACAAUUAUCUGCUCAGCCAUUAAGUGAAUGUUGUAAGAAUGAGUCCACUCGACCAUUAAGUGAAGAAUGUCAUAAGAAUGAGUCCAAAAGGAACCAGGAAAGAAAUGGUUUAAAGGGUCGUCUUUCACAAUGGCCAAAGAAGAUGUCGAUGCCUUUAAACAGUUCCGAUAAUUUGAUGGAUAAAUUGAAGUCUUUGAUUCAUGCUGGGCAUGUAGCCUUAACGGACCAGCGUGCCCGCAAUGCGGAACAUGCCUUCUUGCAGAUCCUGAAAUUAUUGGAUCCAGAAAAACUUGAGGAAGUAUCUUUGUCCACUAUUGACUAUGUGAUAAUAAUCUAUGGUCAUGCCUGUGCCCUCCUUGGUAUUGGACUGCCUGAGGAGCUGACUGAGGCUGAAAAUCAAUUUAAUAAAAUUCUGGAGCAAUUCCCAGAGCAGCGGCUUGACUGUUUGGCAUUCUAUGGACUUGGCAAAGUGUACUUUCAGCAGAACAGAUUUACCAAUGCUUUAGAUCCAUUCACUAAAUCCUUAACUAUGGUAAACCGUAAGAUUGUACCAGGCAUACUAACGUGGCCCACAACAACUGUUGUAAUCGAAGAAACACAAAAUGAAAAGUUAAAGGCAUUGUUAGAAGAAUACAUAGAGAAGUGUCAAUUCCCACCACAGCCUGAUGCAAUCUGCCGCUAUCAAUAUUGCCAUGGCCAUUCUAAGACCCAGAUUUACUUCUCAGACCCAGAUUUUAAGGGUUUUAUUCAAGUGAUAUGUGUCCUACAGUGCCGUUUAGAGUAUCAUAUCAACUGUUGGAAAAAAUUGAAGGCAGCUUCAUUUCAAGAUAAAAAUGACAAGGAUUUUCUCAAAGAUCCAUGCUUCACUCCAGAUUGUGGAGGGAAAAUUUCCAAAAUUGUCAUCUAUGAUUCAAAAGGUCUUGUGAAAUGUGAGUUUGAGGCUAAAAUAAUGAAAAACAAAGAAUCUGCAAAAACAGUUGUUAAACAGAAAUGUUCAAGUGCUUUGAAGUUAAAGAUUAAAGAAGAUCGUAAACAAACCAGAAAAUUAUUAAAAGAAGCAUCAAGAUACAAUGCUGAAAAAGAAAUUAGGGAAAAUGUUGAAAAGAAUGGUAGAAUUGAAGAAACCAAUUCUAAAACAGGUCAGUCUUGGAAUCCUUUUGGUGAUCGAAUGUUGCAGUUGAUAAUUAAAAACAAAGAAAAGUUAAAAGCUGGAGAGUGGAAUGUUUCAAAUCUACUUCAAGAAUUACAGUCCUUCCGUGUUCUAAGCAAAGAGGACUGUGAUAAGCUAUCCAUAGGUGCCUCCAAACCAUGUCAAAUUAUGGGCCAACUGCUUGAUCUCAUUGUGCAGAAGAAUAACCGAGUAAAGACAAGGGCGUUCCUCUACACACUUACAAAAUGCCAAGAAGUUGACAACAAGCUGUUGGAUUGGAUCAAGUGGUUAAAUGAUGCAGGGCGUGAAGCAGCAGGAUUGUUCUUGCUUCGUUAUUCAAAAUUUCUAGAGCAAUUGGACUUGGACUCUCUACUAAACCUGCUCAAAGCAUCUGAGAUCGAACUACCACUAUUUGAUAGUAGUAAAGAAAUCAUAGAGCAACUGAAACAGGAAUCACCCACAAAAACCCGCAGCUUUAUCUGGACAUUGGAGGAGAAAAGAGAGCAAUUCCCUUCUCUGCAUAAUCCUUUAGAUGAAUAUUUUAAUGCAAUGGAUGCUCCUUGUACUGUACUAAAGAAACAAGAAAAUGAAGAAUUAUCUAAUACUGCCCUUAAAAGUAAAAUGCGAAACAGAAAAAAGAAGCCAAAGGAUUCCAAAUCUGUGAUCCUUCUGUCUGAGAUGUUUGGAAGUAGAACCCGUGAAGAGGAUGAUGACGAAAUAAACUCGGAUGAUAGCAACCUGGUGCAUAUGAACUCCACGGAUCUCUAUGCACAUCCAGAUUAUCUAGGUCAGCAACGCGAGUUUGAAGAUAUGAGCGCUAAUAUUUCAGAUGGCAGUCAUUACCAGCGACUUCUUGACAAUAAUCCAGACCCUACACGUGAAAGUUUAUAUGAUUAUUUUGCCCAAAUUCUGAACGAACAUGGUCCUCUGGAAGUUAAUGCCCCAUUGUUGGUAGGCGAGUUUGAAAACUUCCCACCGGAGGCUCAAGAGCUGGUGCAAAAUAAAGGUGGUUUGAAAUCAUUUCUUAUGGAGUCAUUGCGAUUUGUGAUGAUUAAUAACUUGAUUGGACUCAUGAAGCAUGCAGUACAAUUGGAGAGUUCGACUGUAAACGAUAAAGUGGCAACCAGAAGCUUGGAAGCGUCAAAAACAAACUUAGUUGAAACUUCUAUUGAAAGCUUACGACCAGUGGCUCAUCUGAAUCCUGCUGCUAAAGAAUUUAAACCAGUAUCUUAUUCAUCCAUAUUGACAUCAAAUAUAAAUUCAUUAAGUGAACCACAAAAUCAGUAUUUAUAUGAUAAUGAACUGGGAGAUAAUAUUUCAACAGAUGAUGGAUAUGUGCAUAUUAAUCCUUACUCUGAUGCAAGUCAAAAGGUUCAUAAAUCAACCAUCAUAUUGGAUCAUAAUGUGAAGACUAGAGAUCCAAUGACCAAUCAUUACUUAAGUGUUUCUGAACGUUCAACAGUUUUUGAUCCAACAUUCUGUGGUGAUCCAUCAUCCAGUACUGUGCACACUGAUGUAUCACAAGUAAUCCCAGCUUUUUCCAUACACCAAUCAAACCUACCUAUUACUAAUUAUAAUUAUCAGUUUCAUUCUUUCAAUCCCGAUGAAGGGAAUGAUUCUGUAAUAAAUGAAAUGGAAAGUAUGAAGCUUCCAUCUGGUAGUACUAAUACGACAUCAGUAAGCGCUCUUGAGGUGAUGUCUCACGGCAGUUCUAAGACAGCAAGUUCUAAUGGAGCAUCAAACAAGACAAGUGUGGAAUACAGUUAUAAUAAUAAAAAGUGUGAAAAUAAACAAGGUCCAUUACUAAGGACCAUUGCAGUACAGGUUCAUCGGGAAUCUUUAUGUAACACCAAAAUCAAUACUGAUCCUUUUCAGCCAUUUGAAAAUCAACAGGGUGAUAUUUUGAGGAUUGAGAAAGAGCAUAAUGUUCUCCAGCUAAAGCUACAAGAAGCAGAAGAAAAAUAUGAUCAGCUUGCAAAUCGCAGCAAGAAUGAAAUUACUGCUCUUGAAGAAAAGAUGUCUGAAUUCAUACAAAAAAACAAGCUACUAAAAUCUGAGCUUGACUCAGUACGCCAAUUCUUGGAGAGUGAAAUUAAGAAGAGUCAACAUGAAAAGCGAGAAAAUAAUGAAAUCUUAAAAAAACUCAAAUCAGAAGUUAAAUCUCUUGCUGAGCUGAACCAAAUGUACACUCAAAAUAUACAGGAAAAAGAACAGCUUUAUGAAAAAUGCUUCAAGGAAUUUGAGGAAAUAAGUGAUCAGUUAUCAAAAGAAAGGAAAAAAGUAGAAGAAGCCAUUCAGAAGAAUGUUGAUAUGUACCACGAAACCAGUAAGAGAGCCAGUGAAGCAGAGGUGGCUGUGCUAGAAAGCCAGCAGAAAGCACAAUUGUUUCCUCAUUACAGAGCAGCUGAAGAUACAAAAUGUACUUUGGAAAAACUGAAAGCAUUGAAUGCCAGCAUACCAGCCAUGGAUCUUCCACACCUACAGAUGUCAAUUGCUGCCUGGGAACAUUUUCUAUUUCAAAUUGAACAGCAGAGCCAUCAAACUGGGAUGCGUUUUAAAGAUCAGAUUAUGCAAGUGAGAGCUGGAAUGCAAUUAAGCAGCCUGCCAUCAGUGACUAUACCGAGCCUCCCAGUACCACCAAGCUCUGGUGUAAUGAUGGAAAAGUCGCCUAUUGAUGAUCCAGCCAUUAUUGCAUCUUGCCCUCUUGCUGCUACUCAGGCCCUCGGGUCACAUAUGCAAAAACAUGGUCCACCGAUUCCACACCUGCCUUCAGUCACAAGAGCCACUAAGGAAAAGACGACGACUCCAUCUAGCUUCCAGAACCAGGCUUCCUCAAACCAUUUUCGACCUGGUACUGCUUUGACUAAGUCUCAGUCUACCUGGUCACCAGCAAGUAGUCGAUCAGAGUCACCUGUAGGAUCCGAACUUGCAAGCUAUCAUGAAACACAGCCUUCUACGAGCCAAUCUGCACAUCCAAAAUUUCAGCAACCCAAGAAUAGCUUUGAUAAGAUAAUUAAACGCCUUUUAGCCAUGUUCCCUAAUUAUACACACACUGGUCUGACUCACUUCAUUAAGGAAGUUCGUAGUGCAAAUGGUGGUUCCCUGGCUGGAUUAUUGUACGAUGAAAUAAUCAAUCAAGUGGCAGAUCGCAUCCUGGAUCAUCAGGACCAUCAGGACCAAAAAAAGUUUCAGGUCCAGUUUCCAUCUGCCAGCCCUCAACAGGCAACAUUCCUGACUGACCAAAGAUCCACUUCUGCCACAAGUGAAGUCCCAAAAACUGACUCGGCCUCCAGGAAGAUCAGAGCACCAGAUGGCCUUUCCCAACCUUGGCAAUCAGUCAAUACUUGGACUGCUUCACAGUGGCAGGGAAGCAAUACCACCACAUUUGAUGACGAACCAUGUAUUAUUUGUCAUGAUGAUUUGACACCGGAUAGUAUGUGUGUGCUGCAAUGCAGACAUCACUUUCAUGAAGCAUGCAUCAAGCAGUGGCUGAAAGCAAAUAGCACCUGUCCGACGUGUCGAGUCCAUGCUCUCCAUCCUGAGGACUUCCCUCUGCUGCCUGGAAUGUUAACUACACAAACUAAUCGUUAAUUUCAGACUAAUGUCAAUCUUUUUCUCCCCACAAUCUAGAAUAGAGUACAAAAUUACUUCUAUAAUCAAUUAAUUGUCUUAUGACAUAAUGAACUUCCACAUAUUAAAGUGACGAUUAUAAGCAACAAUCAGUCUAGCUCUGCUACAGUGAAGAUAAUGAACAGAGGUUUAGCAAGAUUUUAAGAUAACUAUAAUUUCACAAGAAAAUACCAUAAUCCUUUUGAUUUUAAAAUUAGUAGAUUAUGAAUUUUAUAUAAUCAUGGAAGAUACUAAACUGCAAAUCUUUUGUACUGUUGCAUCAUGUGCCCUCUUGCUGGUUUCCUACUCAAUGUUACACUUUUUCAUAUGUUUCAGACUACAUUAAAAGACUAAUGUGAAAUACUGUGUGGAAUCUUGAAUCAAAAAUGCUACUCCCCAUAGAACAGAUGUUCCUACUCCCCCACCUCGGCUACUGAAAACUAACCUGUUUUCUCUUUUCCAGUUCUAAUGAAGGUCCUGGACAAGAAACAUUAACUGUUCCUUUCCACGGAUGCUGUCCGGGCUCAGUGUUUCCAGCAUUGUGUCCUUAUUUUGAUUUUCCUGCUUUGUGUGAAGCUCACUUCAGAGCUGGGCUUUAGGGUGUCUGCAUUUAACUACACACCUGGCUCUUGCCCAUUACUGCUGUACUAUUUCCCCAAGUGGCCUCGUUGUGGCAACUAAGGUAAAUUCUAAUUAAUAGACUAAUUUAAAAGAUGAGGUAAUUUAUGAAAGUUUUUUUUUACUGAAACCAAAUUUGCUGGAUAUGGCAGUGCAAGCGUUGGGGAGAUUCCCAGCAAUAACACCAUCUCCACACCUUAGGAAACUUGACUAACUAGGAUUUUAAGGGGGCAGCUGAGAUAUUGGAUAUAAAAUUCCCUCUAUUCUGGAAAAGUCCCAGCUGGUUUAAAAAAAACAGCAAACUUUUUUUCCAGAAGAGAGAGAAAGAGACACGUACACAAAAGGAUGACAUUAUUGGGGAACUGAAAACAGUACUAAGAAAAGCAUAACGUGAUUAAUCAACCAAUAUGGUUUUCUGAAAAGGAAUUGGUCUUUAAUUUGAGUUCCUUGAGGAUGUAACUAGCAGGGUAAAUAAAGGGGAUACAGCAAAUAUAAACACUAUGGAUUUUCAAAAGGUUAUUGAACAAGAAAAGGGCUUGUGGAUAA